AUGUCACCAAAGAAGUGGGACGUGGGCAAGAGUUUGGACGACAAAGACGAAGAAGAAAGUAUCAUGGCAGAGCUCCAGACCAACGUGGAUGGGGCUACCACCAAGCUGGAAGAGAGCAUGCGCGCUGUCAUCGACUCGGGUGUCGCCGCGCAGCGCAUCGAGGAAGCGCUGGAGUGGUUAAGGAACACUGCGCCCGGGCGGUCGGCAGACGAAUAUCGGACCCAGAUGACACAGCGGGAGACACAAAGGCAAACACAGACUCAGGCGGCGAGCCAGCGGGCACAGAACGAGGGUGACGACGAGGAGAUGGACGACAGACCUACGCCCGGUCCUACACCCCUUGACGGCUCUCGCGUAGCUCUCACAGGCGCAAGUGAGCUGUUUGCGGAUCGUAUGCAGCGCGACAAGGAUGCAUACACGUCACUCUCCUACACAGCGCGCUAUGCACGCAACAACGAUUACCGCGAGUUCAAGCGCACGGUACACGAUGCCAAGUAUGGCGACGAGGGUCCCACACUUGGUCAUGAAGACACAUGGUUCAAUGAGUCCGGGUCCCCAGCGCCUGGCAUUACGGACACACGCCGAGGCGACCUCGACGACGACGAUGACAUCGUAGUAGACAAAGCGACCAUCAGCACGAGGUGCCCCAUCACAUACCAGCAGUUCAAGGACCCCUACACAAGCACAAAGUGUCCUCAUACCUUCGAGAAGAAUGCCGUUCUCGAUAUGAUUCGAUCGGGCGGUCACAGGGUGGACGGUCAGAGAGCCAUUGAGUGCCCAGUAAAUGGUUGCUCACAGUUGCUGACCAAAGACGACGUGCGCAAGGACACCAUUAUCGCUCGCAGAAUCAAGCGCAUGCUAGCAGCUGAACUUGAAGGUGACGACUCCGACGAAGAGGUGCAAGCAUCUCGUGAGGCUCAACAAGUCGAUGGGAGCGACGAUCUAUCUGGAUCGGCUUCGAGACUGCAGGUUCCGGGGACUCAACAGCCGCCAGAGUCAAGCAUUAUCGAGGACCUCGGAUCUCCGAGCGAUAGCGAGAUGUCGGUUUAG